GUCAUUUCAUUUUCUUCUAUGGAGUCUUCAGGAGAAUGCUUCGCAUAAAAAGGAUAUCGAGAAGAUAACAUUGAAAGUGGGGAAAGCCUUUUUAUGAUAACAGCUACGCGGUUUCCAUUUAAUAAACGCUUCUAAACCAAUAUUUUAUAUGUAAACAUGAGCCGUUCUCUGGCCUGCAUUUGAUUGGAAAAUUUUUGGUUUUAGCCAAAGGCAAAUAUUGAUUGAGAAUAAGCACCUCGGGAGGACUCUGAUUUUUAUGUAAGCAGGGCAGCUGAAGAGACGAAAAGAUUUCUCCAGUAAGACAAGAAAAAUUACAAGCGAAUGCCAUUUGGUAAUGACACGACCAUCCUGUCCCCAAGCUCAUUCCUUGAAUAAUAUAUAUAUUUAUUUUCUUGGGGCUGACAUUUUGGAAUGUGACAGAGACAUGGUAAAAAUUUAGGGAGGAAAUUUUAACAUUCAUUGCAAGUGCUCCCCAAAUUCAAGAUUUUUUUUAGCUUUGAACCUAAGUCUAUGGGCUUGCAAUCUUACUUCCUUGUUUGGGAAAUACAUAAUCAUCCAGUGAAAGUGAAACUUAGUUCUCAAAUUUUAUAAGCACUUUCUCCCGUUACAUGUUCUCCAUCAAAUUGUCACGAACUCCUCGAAACCAAGUGUUAUUCAAUAGCUUUAAAUCAAAUCAGUGAAACCAGACAACAAUUGUCUAUUAGUCAUUGCUUUUCAAAAAGUGUAGAAUUUUUAAUGCCAAGAAUUUUUUAUAGCCCACUUAUAAUAUAUGGCUCGAGAAGCGUAUCAUAAAAAUCGACUGAAAAGCAACUGCUUUUCAAAUUGCACAGAUGUUUCCCCAGAAUUCCAAGCGAACAACAAGAAUGGCUGGCAAUUGUUUUUUAUGUCGCCAAGCUAAAACCACAAGCAUUCAAUGGAUAUUAAUUACUUGGUAGCAGACUCUUUGGAGCCAGCCCUACCACGCCUCUUUUUCAUAUUAUUUUUUUGGAGAGCCAAGAAAAAAUGUAAUUAACAUAAAACGGAAACAGGGCAAACAAAACGUCGGAUCAAAUGGUAACAAUAAUAAAUUAAAUAAAUUAAGUAAAUAAGAAAUACAAGUCAAGAACAAAUGGGAUGGAUAAUGAUUGUUAUGACUGGGGGGUACUGUGUACUUUGUAUUCAGAAAAAUUGAAAAAUACAGAAUAUCAAAUAUACCAUUUAUUCUGUGGAGCUAUUCCACCCAUUCCCAACCCCUACCUAGGGUAUUACCGGUGACAACAAAGAAUGAACCAGAGGUAAAUAAAAAACCCAAACAAUGAAGAAAACGCCGAACUCAGCACAGGUCACGUAGCAAGCGAAAGUGAAAACAAGAGCAGAGAAACGAAGACGCCACCGAGACAGGUGAGAGAAGAGUCUAAUGAGAAAGGUGACCCCAGAACUAUGAUUUGUCUAUGGGGGAGUCGAGUCAUGGGGGGGGCGAAAAGUUACAGAUCGGAUGGAGCGAUGUCUCAAUUGGCAGAAAGUGAGAGUGAAACGUUCUGCAUCCGACAGAUACGUGAACUCAACAAAAGCCAUAAGUCGAUCGGGUUGGGGCAACAUUUCCAUGGAAACCAUCAAUCCAAGCACUCGACCGAUGAUGAUGCUGCUGCUGUGGGUGCUCUAUUUUGGACAAACGGCUUUCGGUUCCCCACUGGACUCCCACGAAAUGGAACUCCUGGAGAUGAUAUUCAGGGAUGCUGAGGGUUAUCCCAGCAGCGACCGGGGUCCCAGGGAUAUAGACGUUUUGCCAGCCAGCUCUAUAGGGUGUGAUGAAAGUGGUUCCGAGGAAUACAAUAUGUUUGAUGACUUGGAGCACAGCGAGGAGUGCCUGGACUUUCUGCCGCCUUGUGAGGAGCCAGCUUAUGACGACAGACUGCCCAUGGAACAUCCUUGUUUCGUGAGAAUGCUGCUGCUCAGGACUCCCUUGCUUAAGCAGGAUCCCUGCGCCAAUUUCUCCUUGGCGACUCAGCCACCUAAAGUUAACAAAAAACCCAAACACAAGAAGUGCAACCCGAAAGCGAAGAAGAAUAAAAUUGCAAUCAAAACAGAGCCAGUACCUCCCUCUAAUAAUGGCACUGCAAACUCUACAUCAGCCCCAAUAGUAACAUCUACUGAACCAAAUUCCAAAAUAAUUAGAAUCUCUAAACUUAUACCCAGAAAAAGGAAAAAUACAACUACAACUUCAACUUCAACGACAAGCACAACCACCACUUUGGAAACAACAACCGUGGAGGAGACAACACGGCCGGUGGAACUAACCACAACCACAACCGAAACGGAACCCCCCACAACCACGGAAUUGGAAACCACUACCUUACCACCCACCACGACGGAGCCCCCUCUAGCUGAGAAUCAAUUGAAGCGAUUCAGGUCCCAGACCAACAGGAAAAAGAAUGUUCCCGAUCCCCCCCAAAUCAAACUAGAUGGAAAUUCGCAGCCCAGCGAGGUCAUCCAAGUAAUAAUGACCACUGAGGCCGCCGAAAUGAGGCAGUUACCGGAUGGUGAAAACUCGACCACUGUCACGCCUACUACGGCCGUUGUCGUGACCACUUCCGCUCCGGAAACCACAACCGAAGAAAGCUGCGAGGCAGAGAGUGUGGGUGACAGUGGCGAUGGGGAAUCCAGCAAGCAGAGGCCGGAGUUCUCGGAAACCGAAGAGCAAGAUGUCGAAGGGAUUGGAGGUGACCGUGGAGGACAGGAGCCUUGUGAAGACACUGAAGAACAGGAUACAAAUCUCUGCCCACAGGUGGUUCCAGCUCAGAGAAAUACCAACUUGAGACAUCCACCACCCCCUCGUUUUCGUAAACCUAUCAAGAACUAUGUGGAACCAAUUCUUUACGAGGGACACUUUGACAAGCCGCAUCAUCAAAUGCCGCCAGUUGGACCCCAACAGAGGGACUACUUCAUAUCCAACAAACAGAUAAUGCCCAGGCCCAAACCAAAGUAUAAAAAACGUAUUCCCCCGUCUAUUUACGUGAACAACAUUGUCCGAGGAAUGGAUUGCAAUGAUGAGAAUGAUUCCCAGUCUGAGGAACAUCCAAGGAACCAUCCCAAUCAACCGCAAAGACAUUGGGACUUGAGGAGAAUUGGUUUUGCUUCCAGGAAUCAAGUCUUAAGGAAGCCUGUCACAGAAAGAAAUGUCAGAAACUUUGUACCAAUUCCGCCUAGAAGGUUGAUCUCCUAUCCGGAACAUUCCGUCCGGUCGCAAGAGAGAUCGUUGUCUAUUGAAACCUCCAGAGAAAGACUACACAGACCUUACUCGAUUGAAAACUCCAGAGAAAGUCAAGAAAGAAUGUUUUCAAUGGAAAACUCCAGGGAAAGACACGAGAGACAGUUCCUGAUGGAUAAUCCAGGACCAAAGCAAGAAAGGCAGUACCUAAUGGAAAGAGAACCAGAGCCACGGCCCAUCCAUCCUCAUUAUCCGGAAGAAGAUGUUGAAUCUCCUGAAGAAAGACCAAUGCCUUCAGCGACACCUACUUCCUCGUUGGAUCCCUGUCAGGAAGAUCAUGAUUUUCUCCACCAAUCGCCAAGGGAGGGACAUACAUUCGAAAUAGGGAACAUGCAGAGAGGAACCACUCCACCCACCUUGGAUCCUUGCCAGCAGGAGCACGCUUAUCUCCAAAGUAAAAUCCUUCAUCGUCAGCCCACUGAGCCUCGUCCUCAGCACCCAAUACCUUCCCACUUUUUCACCUAAUUAACCAAAUCAUAUCCUAGAAUGUAGUACAGAGCACCCAGUUACCAGUUAACCACCCAAUAAAUAAUAUACAAUCGCACAGCCA